ACAAAGUCACGGCCACAUUAUGUUACAUGAGGUUUGUGUGGGAGAUGGAGGCAGAAACAUGAAAACAAGGUCAGUGUCAAAGAAUAUCACUUUGCACAUGUUAACGUCAAAUGUUGCAACACAUCCUGCAACCAGUCGAGUCAACCUGCACUCGAUUUGGAGUAUAGGAAGUUGUUGCAUUUGUCAGUUGUAAGGUGUGAAGCUGUCGUCAACAUUAAAGUCACAGAAAACUGACAUGGAGAUAACAGCACUGUGCACUGUUAUGGCCUCCAUAAGAGUGGUCCCCAACAGAUCCCAGUUCUUUAUGUAUGAAUCCUUCUCUUUGAGCUGUGGGGAACGAGGAAACUGGCCUGAGUGGACACUGAAGAGAAACACAACCCAACACAUAAACAAGGAAUGCUUGGCGAAAACGAAAGCAUUGAACUGCACCAUCAUUGUCAGUUAUCCAUCAGACUCUGGGGUUUACUGGUGCGAGUCAAAAGCCGGAGAAUGCAGAGACGCUGUCAACAUAACCGUGAGCCGUGAGGGUGCGAUCCUGGAGAGUCCUGCUCUGCCGGUGAUGGAGGGACACGAUGUGACUCUACGCUGCAAGUACAACCGGACCUUUAGCCCCCCUGCUGAUUUCUACAAAGAUGGACGAUUUAUCGGCAACAGCUCGACUGGAAACCUGAGCAUUCCCAAAGUGUCCAAGUCAGACGAGGGUCUCUACAGCUGUCAUGUCUCUGCAGGGGGACAAUCACCAGGCAGUUGGCUGGCUGUGAGAGAAGCGCGGCUGCCUCAUGUGCCUCUCAGCUACGUACUUCUUCCUGUGGCGGGCGUCUGUAUCUUCAUGGCUACAAUGGUGCUGCUCUGCCUCUGGAAGAGCCACAAAGGUGAAUCCGAUCCUGCAGAUGUAUCCUACACCGAUGUCAUCAUUCCACAGGAUGUGAAGUUAAAGCCAGACCGAGGUCUGGAAUCUAGGGGGACUUUUUACUCAACCCUGAACCUAGCAGGAGCGACCUGACCGCCAACACAACCGGAAAUGGACGCAGAAAUUAAGGUUUUGGUUUAAACAUGAAUCCAGCUAACGGUGCUUUGUGUGUGAAAAGAUGAAUUUUUCUUUUAAUUCCUGUCAAAAUGUUUAUCAGCUCUGGAACUCACCCAUAGGUUCUGUGUUGAUCUGUGCAUUUGCAUUAUUGCACAAAAACGAAUCGAUUUUCACUAAAUGAUGAGAUUUUUAGUCUUAUUGACUAACUUGUGGAGCCAUAAAAUGCAAAACGUGUAUUAUAUCGUGAUAUAGUGUGUGUUAUGACAGCUGGUUUUAUAAAAACGGUGAAAAAACAUUGCUCGGACUCGCAAGGUGC